CCAGUCUGACCCCCCCCCCCCCCUACUCGGCGGCCAACCGCAGCGCCCUCCCUCCGCACCCAAACCCCCUCCCCUCCCCGCGCCGGCCUCGCCGGAACCCUAGCCGCGGCGCUCCGGCGAUCGCAUUGGCCGCGGCGCCGAUGGCGACCCACCCCUCCAAGAGGAGUUACCUGUGCGCGGGGAGCUCCUCGUUCGACGACCCCGACGUCGUCGAGGUGUCGCCGGCGGCCGCCGCCGCCGCCGGGGGGUGGAACCCCGGCCACCAGAAGAGGAAGCGGAGCCAGGUUGUUCCUCGCGAAAUAAUUGAAAUUGAUGAUGAUCCUGAUGGUGUUGUGAUUAUUGGUGAGAAAGCACCAGUUGAAAAGAAUAAACAUUCAGUUGGAUGUCCUCUUGUUUGGCCAAAGCAUGUGAAGACUAGUGUGGCUGGUGACACUGCCGGACCAAGCACCUAUGCUUCAAACAGUACUGCCAUUAUGGGUGGUUUUAAGAAAGUUAGCGCCGGACCAAGCACCUAUGCUUCAAACAGUACUACCAUUAUGGGUGAUUUCAAAAAAGUUACCUCUGGACCAAACACCUAUUUUUCAAGCAGUACUGCUGUUAAGGAUGCUUUUGCUAAAAAAUAUAUGGAAACCGCAGUUUACCAUGAUUAUGAUGACUACCCUUUCGACGCAUUCGAGGAAGAUGAAGACUUUGCUUAUGAGGAAGAUGACUACGAAAACUAUGAGUUUGAUGAUACACUUUAUGAGAAUGAAUAUAACUAUAAUUUAUCUGCCCAGUUUGAUGGCUUGGAUAUCCCGCCUGGAAUGGAGGCUCCUUUACCAUGGCUGCAGAAGACUGCCGCUGAGAUGUCGAGUAAUUCCAAACCCAUCCCAAUCUUGGACGAGAAAGUUGAUGAAAGAUACAGCACAUUUAAGCAAUUUGAUACUGUUGAUGGCCAUAGUGAUCAUUAUUAUGUGAAACCAGAGUUAAGGAAAGCUCUGGUAGUGAAGAAGCCAUCAAAAGACUGGGCGAAGCGCAUUCAGCAUGAGUGGAAAGUCUUAGAGAAAGACUUGCCAGAUACCAUAUUCGUGAGGGCAUACGAGGAUAGAAUGGACCUUCUUAGAGUUGUCAUUAUGGGUCCAGCGGGCACUCCUUACCAUGAUGGGCUCUUUUUCUUCGACAUUUACUUCCCUCCUCAAUAUCCAAACAUACCUCCACUUGUUAACUACCGCUCUGGUGGGCUGCGGCUUAAUCCAAACCUGUAUGCUUGUGGGAAGGUGUGCCUUAGCCUGUUAAACACCUGGGCUGGCAGUGGAUGUGAGAAAUGGAAUCCAUCCAAUUCAACCAUGCUGCAGGUCCUUGUCUCCAUUCAGGCCCUGGUUUUGAAUGCCAAACCUUAUUUCAAUGAGCCUGGAUAUGCUAAUUCAGCUAACACACCUGGCGGGGAGAAAAGAUCCCUAACUUAUAAUGAAGACACCUUCCUGCUGUCCUGCAGGACGAUGUUGUAUUCUCUUCGAAAUCCACCAAAGCAUUUUGAGGAUUUCGUGGCCGGCCAUUUCCGCAAGCACGGGCGCAACGUCCUGGUGGCCUGCAAGGCCUACCUGGACGGGGCGCAGGUCGGGUGCCUCGCCGGGAACGGGGUGCAGGACGUGGACGAGGGUGACAAGAGCUGCUCGCUCAAGUUCAAGACCUCGCUCAAGAGGCUGUUCGAGGAGCUGCUGAUGGAGUUCACGGUGAAGGGAGCGGACUGCAGCAAGUUCCUGUCGGAGAAGGCGAAGCAGUCGGCCGCCUCCGCCACCACCUCUAGAGGGCCGCCGGCAGACACCACCCUGAGGCUAUAAGCGGUGGUCGCCAGCCGAGCCGAGCCGAGCCAAAAUGGUAGCAAUAAUUUUGGCCAUGGAAGCGAUUCGAUUCUAGGCUUGCCUAGCUAUAACUCCUCCUGCCCUGACCUCGUCGGUCGAUAGGAGGCGCCCUACCCGAGCGAGAGGGGAAUUAAACCUGAUUGUUUUUUGUGUAAGUAGUUUAUGUACAUAUGCCCUCCCCGCCUAGCUCUUCCGGUGAACAUAAUCCAUCCAUCCGUAUGUUUAGGGACAAGUAUCAUCAUCAGCACCAUCAUCACCUGUGAGAGAGACACUAUGAUUAAUGUCACCGUCCUAGGCUUAAUAUAUAUCUGAUGGAGUUUGUCAGCA